UUAAGAAAACUGAUGAAAAUUGUGUUUACUUUGAGCCCAGGCGCUUGCAGUAAUUAAUUUGAUAAUUUGUGUGCAAUCUUUCUGCAAAAAAGUUUAAUUUAUUAUGUCUGACGAGGAUAUAAUUAAACGCCGCUUAUUGAUUGAUGGAGAUGGCACUGGUGAUGAUCGCCGGCUUAACAUGCUUCUUAAACAAUUCUUGAAGUGGACUUUCUCCAAAAAUGAUUCACCGGAAAACAAUCAAAUAAUCUAUGAUCGCCUGCUGGCACAAAUGGCACAAUGUGAGUUCGCUGCUGCGAAAACCGACUACACUUCUAAGAUGAUACAAGAAGAGUUAAAAAACUAUGCAAAGUUAUCCGACUCCAUUGAAAAAAGUAUUGAAUUAGCUAAAAACGAUAUAGAAGAAAGUAAACUUGAACUCGUAUUAGCAAAGCAGAUACGCAAAAAUAAAAUGGAGUACGAUAUGUUGGCAAAGGUGAUUAAGGAACAACCUGACCGUAAAGAUACCACGAAACAGAUAGAUGCACUUAAAAAAGAUCUUGCUGAGUUGAUGGAAAAGAAAAUUAAAUUAGAGCGCAAAUUUCAAAAACGUCGCAACGACUUCACAUUACUCAUGUAUUCCAUACGCGAGCUACAGGCACAACUGGAAGAAGAUAGCAGCAGUGAGAGUAGUGAUGAUGAUGAUCUAAACGGCUUAGAUACAAUGGAGCUAAGUGAUGAUGAGGGUCUUCAGUUAAACGUAGAGAAAAACGGAAUAAAGUUAGAGAAUGGGAAAACGGCCAAGAAGGAGUCGCCGACGGAUGAAAAUGGUUCUAAGGGAAAUAUGUCGGUGGACGAGGACGCGAUACUGGAACUGAGCAUAGAUAAAGACGAAAAUGAUGUAAAAAUGGAAGAGACUGUUACGAUCCCCUAGCAUAUGGAUUACCUCGUUUUAGAUUCUGAUUAAUAUCUUUGCAUUAAUAAAACGAUUCACAUUUAAAAAUUCCGAAAUUAUAUAUGUAUGAAUAAACAGAGAACGU